GUUCGAAAUUCAAGAGCAAGCGUGCAAGAAAUUAUUUCCUUACGGCUCCAUAUUUUAAUAACUAUAUUGUUUGAACCCUUUUAAAAAUAGAAAAUCUAAGAGCAAAAGAUGGUUAUUAAAUCGUUACGACGUGCUUGAUAGCGAAUGGACAGGAAUUAUAAAACCCCUGAAUUAUUUUUAAAGCUACGCCACUGCUCAAACUUUUAAACAUACGGAGCGGAACGGCUUGGCGUGGCUGGCGGAAGCAAACCAAAACAGGCAAUCGGGCGCAGAGAGAGGUUCCAUUUAACCAUAGCCUAUGGGUUUUUAUAGACAGUUGACGUAAACAAACGAGGCUUCUUUGUUGUGAACUGGUAAAAUCGCAACUGGUUUUAUUUCUUAAAUAAAUAAAUAAGAACAGAAAACGAGAGUGUGUUCGUACCGCAAUGCCGUUUUAAUACUGGAAAAAUCGAUCGCCGCGAAUAAAUAAUUCGUAAGUUAAAGAUGUCGGGCGCCGUUUAUCAACCCACGACCGUCACGUACGAGUCGAAUGGCCCCAGGGACCGGUGGCAAGACAGACCCAUCAGUUACUUGGCAUCCACCGUUUCGCAGACUGCCAGGAGACCCUGCGGAAUAUCCUGCUUACCAUCGAGAAAUGUUCUUCCUCUGGUGCUCAUAACUUCCUGUGUGGCUUGCUUUUGUUUGGGAUUGGUCAUGUUAAUUCAGGGAGCGUUGGGAUACUCGGAAACGCCAGAAAACAAGGAAGAUUUAUACCUAAUCAUAACCAUAUUUGGGGCUUUGUUCUUUGCCUUGUCGAUUCUUCUGUUCAUGUUUUUCCUGCGUUUGACGAGACGCAUGUGCUGGAGGAACGUAAAAGAUCAUAUCGGGGCGUCAGGCAGUCAAGCUCUAACGGUGAAUCCAUCUACCGAUCUGCUGGUCGCUGCUCAGUAUGCUCCCGUAUCAGAAGUGGCAUAUGAGCCUGCCAAAGCUGAAGAUACCGAACAGAGCAAAUUGAUGCCACAGGAAAAUAAAGACAUAAAUAACGAAGACCCGGACCGUAUGGUCGAAAAUGAUCCGAGGAUCGUGCUACGCCCCCUAAAGGCACCAAUGAGCGAAGAGACUUAGGUAAACACGAAAAAGGAGUGUUAUUUUGUCGAGGGAGAUUAUUUGAUAGUGACAUUUAUCGAGGACGUACUUAGCGGCAAACUCAGUUUAUUUGCCGCCUCUAGGUUAGUUUUUAGUGAUUGCGACAUUUUCUAGCUGCGUAAAAUAGCUUCAUAUUUUAUUAAUUAGUGCAAUUCUUACGCAAACACGUAAGUCCAUUUGGGCUCUACAUAUUUGGUGACUAAAAUUGGCGAAUUAAUUAUUGAACAAUUAAUGACGAUUUUAUAUGUAUGGUUAUAUGGUUAGUGCUACAACAAAACGCAACAAACAUUGAGGUACAGUUUUAUCAAUAGUUAUUUUGGUAUUAAAAUACAAUACCUGCAAUACAAAUUUACUCCAACAAUUUGGUUAACAUACUGCAAAAGCGAUUGUACCAUUAUUUGGACGAGAGAUAUUUUAGGAAAAUGUCAAUAUAGUCCGAAUUUGAAACUGUAAAAAUUGGUUGCGUGUCCGUCUUUGGAAUGGUACAAGUAUUAUCUUCCAUAUGUCACGGAAUCUCAUUUUAGUUUAGUGACUUUGGUAAUAUAAAAACAUCAUACCUUGUAUUCUUUAGGAUGACCUUCCACUGAUAUUUUUUGAAAUAAUGGAAUAAGCUUAUUCAUUUUAUUAUUAAAAUCUACGUUUUCUUUAUUUAACAUUAGGUAUUGAUUUCAACGUAGAAAUUUUACUCCAUGACGUGGACAUGCAUUUUCAUAUUUGUGCUUGGAUUUCUCUUAUAAAAGAUAAGAGCUUACUUAAUUGGUGCCAUUUAUCAAAUCAGAUGGGGUACUGUACAGGCAGCGAUUACUUGAUUUGAAAGAAUUCAUUUUAAACGAGGUACAUUUUUUUGUUUACCUCGAAUAUCUUUUCACGUGAAUACUGCAUAUGCAUAAAUAACUUACUUAAAUUCGCACCAAAUUUUUUGUGUUCUUAAUAGUAGUGCGAAAAGCAAAUGACUUACGUGUAUGCGUUACGUCGCAGAUAAUCAGUAAAGUCACAUGCCACUGAAUUAUAUGGGAAACUGACGCACCACACUUGGCUGUCAAAAGUGCCACCGCCAUACAGCAGAUGGCGUUUGAACAUGAUAUAGUUUUUGAUAUAGAUUUUUUUAGAUGAAACAUGAUAAAUAGCUCUGACAAAUUUUCAAAUUUUAACUUUGACGUACAUCGUGGAACAAGUUCUUCUCUACUACUUCAUGAUGUCUGAUAAGGAGAAAUGCAAUGAAUUAUGUAUAUUUAUCAAUCACGUUUGUUACACGGUGUAAAUUAGGUAAAUACGUGUUUUAAACUAUAUUUUUAAGCUACUGGACAAAAUAAACAUAACAUAUGCGUUUCCAAAAAUUUUACUGCCGCAUAGGCGUAUGGGGUGGUCGGAAUUGUAGUCUAGAAACUUUAAAAGCAUAUUCAGCCAAUAAAAAUAUUUCGAAAAAAUCGUUUGUUUUUAAACUUGGUAGGUAUUAUUUCCCCUUAAAAAAAGUUUUUGUUUGACCAGUGCCGUUCGUGAGACCCUUUUAAUUGUUUUAUAUAAUUUUAAAUAUAGUGGUAUGCUAGCUAGGUGCUCAUGAAAAUAUUUUUUUUUCUCGAAAACAUUCGUUACAGCAGAAAAACUGAAGAGAACAUUUUUGUUUUGAAUUGAGCACUGUGUCACUUUUCUUAUUAUUUAAAUUAAUGGAAACGGCCUCGCGAACGCCACUAAUUACACAAAAACAAGUUUAUCUGUGCAAUUUUUCUUAAGUGGCAAUAAUACAUACCAAGUUUGGAAGCUGAAAGUUUUUUAAAAAGUAAUGAAAAACAUUUUCUUUUCGCAAUAUUUGUUGAAUGCUUCAUUUUGGUGGCAGGAUAAUUUGAACCAUUUUAUACUCCCAUUGCAAAAUAAUAUUUCUGUAAAAAAUUACAAUACAUUCCAGGAAUAUACAUCUGUCCAUUAUAAUUAUCCACGGAAUAUUCCAUAUACAUUCAAGACUGACUAAAAUGCCCUGGAUCAUUCAUAUGUAGGCGCCAAGAACAUUCCCUAGCAUAUUUUACUAAUGGAAAAAGCCAUACCCCAAAUAUACACAAUAUUCCUAUUUUCAACUAUUAGGGACCAAGAAGAAAUUGCGUGUUGAUAUACUUUACUAGGCAUUGCAGAACCCAAGAACAACAUUGCAAAGAAAUAUUUUUAUGCUAAGAGAUGAUCUUGAGUUGAAAUUGCACUGUGUCAAACUUUGUAAUGAGGUGAGCUCACCUGUCAAACUUUUCGUGAGAAGAUAUUUAUAAACUUCUUUUAUUUGACGAAUAUUCUGAAACAAAAUUUCAGUAUCGAUAGCUUGUAACUAUCUAUCUAUCAACACCUAUACUGUCAUUUACUUCGCUAUUUAAUCCAUUAUUCCAGAUUCUUGUUAUUGUGUUCCCACUAUCAAGUUGUUAUUUAAUUUUUUUUUAUCGACAAAUCUUAGCAGCCAACCAAUUGCUGAUAUGUUUAUGAUGCGUUAAACUAAAAAAAAGGAAUGUUGCUUAUGUUAACUGCAAACCAUUUUUAUUUUUUUUUUUAAUGUUAAUUACGCCCGAAGUUACGGUUAUGUCAAAAAUAUAACAAUUUUUUUAUACGUAAAUAGACGCAUUUAUAAAAAAAAACCUUCUGCAUGUAUACAGUGUAAUCAUUAAAAUAGAGCUAUUUCAAUAUAUUUUGUGACGAAUAAACUUUUAGUAUGGCAUUUGUAAUAAAAACAAAUUUUAUUGCAAACAUCCAGUUAGUAACGGAAAAAGUUAAUAACAAUUCCAACGUACGAUUUAUGUUAUUAAAAUAUUGAACAAGUGAAUAAUUAAAACUACAAAAAAUAUCUGGCCACAUAGAACCUAUCAAGAAACAAACAUUAUAGAACAUCAACAAAUAUCCUUUAACAAAAUUCGACUGGUAUUGCUUCCCAUUGUGCUUUAAUUAUUUCCCAAAAGUUUUUGGUUAUUUUUUGCCCCUGCAUUUUUAGUCCAAAGAUUCUGAACUGCAAAUUUUCACAAAAAAACUGUUUUGCUUUUCUAGAAGUAUGUUUUGGAACAUUGUCCUGUUAUAUUUCUAUAUUAAGGACAUUUUAUCCUCUACCAACGCUAACAUGAUACAUACAUACAUACAUACAUACAUACAUACAUACUCAUUUUGAUCAGUUAAGUUUUUUAUCGAGUAAUUUCUAUCUAAAUUUAUCUUAUCUUUCACACAUAUUGCCUGGCAUCAGGACCUACUAAAUUUCUUUUUGUUUCAUUGCUCUAUGGUAUAUUAAUUCCCAUUUCACCAUUAAACGAUGUUUAAUGUUCUUUGAAGAUAAUAGAGGAAUUUUUCUUACUGCUCUACCGUGCAGAUUACUUGGCUGAAGCCUUUUCGGAACAUUUCUAAUGCCAGCGGUAGAUGACUUAAAUGGGUUUUUAGAAGUUCCAAUAAUCCAUGUGUUUUUUUCUUGCUCCACGGUUUUCAUGUACCGGUCGCCUUUUGAAUGCAUUUGCCAUCAUUUUUUAGAAGGAUGGUCUUAUAAACCCAGAAACUCACCAAAAUGUUUUCAAAUAAAUAUAAAGCGAACUUUUAUUGAAAGUUUAAACUGGCUCUAUUUCUUUCAACUUUGUACCGAAAAAUAUGCACAUACUGUAGACUAAUGUGGACUAGUAAAAAAUCCGGAUUAUCGAAGUUUAUAUUUUUAUCCAACUUAUCGAAUCUCUACCGUAUAUCAGUGAAUGUUGGAACGAAGAUCAAAUAAUCCACAUCCACAAGCGUUACUUUGCGGUUGGGGUCCCAACAAAGUCCGGUUGUCUGAAAACGUCUUCGCAUGGACUAACGUUUAAAGUUUCUCAUUUAAUUUCCGGUGGUACGUGACUAAAGUGAAAAAAGCUUCCGCUCGGUCGCCAGUGAUACGAAUCUCUUUUCUCAAAUCACCAAAUGUCAAUUUAGGUGUCGUAGAACGAACAUAAUCGCUCUUGUAUUUUCCGCGCUUUGUAAGGUUCUUCUAGAGGAGAUCGCCCUGUGGAAGACCAACUCUCGUACAAAAUCAUGUAUAUUAAUGUAAGUUUGAAAGGGAACUAUUUUCUUAUGUAAUUACGACGGGAUCGUAGUUAUAUUAAGUAGCCGACGAAUAGAUGCAGAAAUAUUUUUUUAUUAAGUGAAUUUUGUUGCGUAACAGUAACGGAGAAGCGUGUUCGGAGGGUUGCGUUUCGAGUGACAAUGAAUUUGGUUUACUCUGUAAAAGUCAGAAAGUUAUCCAAAAACAUAUAAAGAGUUCGGUGAGUUAGAGAAAGAAAGUUAAAGAACAACAAAAAAUAUGUUGUUUUUAUAUGGAAAAAUGUAGUAACAAUUUAACAAAUGUGGCGACCUCUAUUUUGAAAAUACUUACAGUCUUUGCAGCGUUGCCACAUUUACUCGAAUCAGACACCAGCUUCAUGUUUUUAAAUAGAAAGCCCGGUGUGUUAUUACGUUUUUAGAUUCUUUGAAAAUUCUGAAACUUUUUGUGUCUCAUGUUUUUGAGAUAAAAUUAUUGUUUAGAAAAUUUUGGAAAAAUCAUUAAUCAUCACAAUAAUUAAAUAUCGGAAAGUUUACAAAUAUUAUGACAUUGGAUUUAAGAUAUCAUCGCAUACAGGAUAUGUGCACAAUGAAUUAUGCACAUUUUGCAAUAUGUCAAUCAAUUUUGAUCUAAAAGUUUUAUAGGGUACCAUAUUUAUUCUGAACCAUUUCUAAAUUAACUUAAAAAACGAGAAUAAUGCUAUUUAAGCCAUUAUAACUCUUUUAGUAGUGAUCCAAACACAUUAAACCGAAGGCGAAUCGAUCAUAAAUUUUCAGGAAUAAUUAAAACUGUUAACUCGGCAACAUUGUAUGGUCUCCGGUGUAAACGAAAGGUUUGCCAAACAUGGGCGUUGGUACUAUAUUUUUAAAAAUACAUACACCACCCAUAUUUUUCAGUGAUAAAAAUUAGAUUUCUUUCAAUCACAAUUUUUUUUAACAUUAAAGACAGAACCUGUCAGCCGAAUGGUUAAAAAAAAACGUUUAAUGCUAAUGUUUUAAAAUGCGCCCGAUUAAAGUCGAUGAUUGUAACUAAAUACAGUUUUAGCCUUUUUGCAGACAUCCCUGACUAAAUUGAUUGCGUGCUACAAUUGCAUAUUUAAUUUAUUUAUUAUAAUAUACCUGUUUCUUAACUUUCUUGGUAAUUUUGUUGAAUUUUUUUCUAUUGUUACUUCAACAUUCCUCCAUUGCAUGUCAAAUACAUUCUAGAGAAAAUCGGCAUUUCCGACACAUAUUGUAAGGAAAACGGCACCAAAAUUGCAGAUAUUGGCUUAAACCUUCAUUUUCUGUUCCGAAUUGAAAAAAGUUAUGGUAGACUAAGACAAAUUGUCACUUUUCUAUAAUUAUUGCCGUUAACAUAAACUGUCUUGUUAUUCUUGCGAAGUGGGCCUAUUGGUCCAGUGUCUAGUGAAGAUUUUAGGACAUCCCUUCUUUUAUCAACAUUUCUCGGAAAUCUAAAAGAGCAAGAUUACCAAACUGCAAAAGCACUUUACUGAGAUGUUCAGAAUAAGUUAAAUAAGACCUGUUUAAUUGGUAUAUAAAGAUAUUCGUAUAAUAUUGAUGUUAAAAUCGUAAAUGAAACUGCCGCCUGCACAAGAAGAUAUUUGCCAACAAUAAGAUUUGCUUAUUAUUAUCAUUAUUACUUUUUUGGUUUCAUAUUAAGUAGAAAUACAUCUUUUUUUCUACUCUCUUCUCUUAAAUACUAAAUUGUAUAUUCAGUUAAGGUAUUACUUUGAAAUGUUCAAUCAAUUUUAUAAACACCCUGUAUGCUUUUAAAUUUCAUUUGAUAAUAUGAUGAUACAGCAGCCUAUUGGCAAGAAAUGUUUAUUAAAUAACUAAUUAUUUUCCUCGUAAAUUAUUUUGGCAAAUUUUCUAAAAAGUAAUUGUUGUCUCCAAACAAGCUGCUGCAUAGAAAGUUUCAGAAUUAUUAAUGUAAUUUAAAAUGUUUAUAAUAUACAGAUGCCCUGUAUAAAGAAAGUUGAACGGCUUUCUUUUGUUCAACCUUGUAUAAUUUUGCACGGAUCGGUACUUAAUUAAUAUAUAAAAAAAAAACGGAACUUUCCAAGUUGCAAUAUCUUAAACACUAUAAAUAUUUAACUAUACAAAUGAUAAGUAACAGUUUGAAACUGUUUUUUAACAUUUUAUGUUUAUUUUAUGUUAUUUUAAAAUAAUUGACCUGUAUCCUCUGAUACUCACAAGAUUGAAACUUAAGAAUAAUAAAAGGGAAAGUUCUGGAAAAACUUAAUUUUUUCGGGCUACAGGUUGCAAAUCUCCAUUUCAUGAGUUCCAAAAACAGUUUCAUAGUCACUUAAUUUUAGUUGUGCAUAACAUUUUGCGAAUAUUUGCACGCCUGUUGUUGUUCCGUUGAUAUUCUUAGACUGACGCUUUUUAUACUUGUAACGGUUGUUUAAGUAUUUCAUGCUUUUAUUAUUUGAUUACGUUAAGGCAUUCCAUUAAACAACGCCGUAGUGGCGACUUAAAAAAUCGCCCAUUAGAUUUAGAGGAGAUAAAGAUAAGUCUGUUGCUAUUUGAGAUUAAUUUUAGUGCAAUACCGUGAGGAAUUUUUAUAGUUUUGAAAUUUUAACAUAUCAUAUUUUGAAAAAUCCUUUGCAAAUUUUAAAGGUUGUUUUCGGCACAGUUUUAGAGACUAUUAGUAGGAUCGUAGGCACAAUUUCAUUUUAAUAAAAAUUGGACACUUUUUCUAUAUUGUUAUUAUUGUAUUUUUCUAAUACGAUAACAUUUUGUAUUCUUGUAUGUUUCAAAUUUAGUGCAAUUAAACAGUUAACGCAG